AUGCCGCCGCGGCGCAGCAUCGUGGAGGUGAAGGUGCUGGACGUGCAGAAGCGGCGGGUGCCCAACAAGCAUUAUGUCUACAUCAUCCGGGUCACGUGGUCCAGCGGCUCCACCGAGGCCAUUUACCGGCGCUACAGCAAGUUCUUUGACCUCCAGAUGCAGAUGUUGGACAAAUUUCCUAUGGAAGGAGGACAGAAAGACCCCAAGCAGCGGAUCAUUCCCUUUCUACCAGGCAAAAUUCUCUUCCGCCGAAGCCACAUCCGGGACGUGGCCGUCAAACGCCUGAUACCAAUCGAUGAAUACUGUAAGGCUCUGAUCCAGCUGCCCCCCUACAUCUCUCAGUGCGAUGAGGUGCUGCAGUUCUUUGAGACAAGACCUGAGGACCUGAAUCCCCCAAAAGAGGAGCACAUUGGGAAAAAGAAAUCUGGGGGUGACCUGACCUCGGUGGACCCCAUGGUCCUAGAGCAGUAUGUGGUGGUGGCCAACUACCAGAAACAGGAGAGCUCGGAGAUCAGCCUCAGCGUGGGGCAGGUGGUGGACAUCAUCGAGAAGAACGAGUCAGGUUGGUGGUUCGUCAGCACCGCCGAAGAGCAAGGCUGGGUCCCGGCCACAUGCCUCGAAGGCCAGGAUGGGGUGCAGGAUGAGUUUUCCCUACAACCUGAAGAAGAGGAGAAGUACACAGUCAUCUACCCAUACACAGCUCGGGACCAGGACGAGAUGAACCUGGAGAGAGGCGCCGUGGUGGAGGUCAUCCAGAAAAACCUGGAAGGCUGGUGGAAGAUCAGGUACCAGGGCAAAGAAGGCUGGGCCCCCGCCUCCUACCUAAAGAAGAAUAGUGGGGAGCCCUUGCCCCCAAAGCUGGGCCCUGGCUCACCCGCACACCCGAGUGCCCUUGACAUGGACGGUGUUGCCCGGCAGCAGAACGCAACCGGCAGGGAGCGGGAGCUGCUCAACAACCAGAGGGACGGCCGGUGUGAAGGCCGCCCGGUGCCUGAUGGCGACAUCAGGCAGAGAUCACCAAAGAUGAGGCAGAGACCCCCUCCUCGCCGGGAUAUGACCAUCCCUCGAGGUCUCAACCUGCCUAAACCUCCCAUCCCACCCCAAGUGGAGGAAGAGUAUUACACCAUUGCCGAGUUCCAGACAACCAUCCCUGACGGCAUCAGCUUCCAGGCGGGCCUGAAGGUCGAGGUGAUCGAGAAGAACUUGAGUGGCUGGUGGUACAUUCAGAUUGAAGACAAGGAAGGGUGGGCCCCGGCCACCUUCAUCGACAAGUACAAGAAGACCAGCAGUGCCUCGAGGCCCAACUUCCUGGCUCCCCUGCCCAGCGAAGUGACCCAGCUCCGGCCGGGGGAUGCAGCAGCGAUGGAGAACAACACAGGCGGCGAAGCCACAGGCCCCUCCCGGCCCCUGCCCGACGCGCCGCAUGGUGCUGCGGACUCCGGGAUGCCGUGGUCCAAAGACUGGAAGGGCGGGAAGGAUGCCCCGAGGAAGGCGUCUGCAGACACGUCUGCGUCCGCAGGCUAUGAGGAGAUCUCAGACCCCGACCUGGAGGAGAAGCCCAGCCUCCCCCCGAGGAAAGAGUCCAUCAUUAAGUCCGAAGGGGAGCUGCUGGAACGGGAACGGCAGAGGCUGGAGCAGCUCCGCGGCUCCCCCAAGCCUCCAGGCAUGAUCCUGCCCAUGAUUCCAGCCAAGCACAGCCCGCCAGCCCGGGACAGCAGGAGGCCAGAGCCCAAACCUGACAAAAGCAAAUUGUUCCAGCUGAAAAAUGACAUGGGGCUGGAGUGUGGCCACAAGGUACUGGCCAAGGAGGUGAAGAAGCCCAACCUCCGGCCCAUCUCCAAGUCCAAAGCCGACCUGCCAGAGGAGAAGGCAGAAGCCAUUGCCCAGAAUCCCUUCUUGAAGACCAAACCUCAGGUUAGGCCCAAGCCAGCUCCUUCCCCCAGGACAGAGCCACCUCAGGGUGAAGACCAAGUGGACAUCUGCAACCUUAGGAGUAAGCUCAGGCCUGCCAAGGCUCAGGAGAAAUCCUUGUUGGAUGGGGAGAGCCUCCAGGCUGGUGGGGGCCCAGACAUGGCCUUCAGCCGAAGCUGUGUCCCAGGGGAGGGGCCUGGCCGCGCCCAGGACAGGACGGGCAGACAGGAUGGGCUCAGCCCAAAGGAGAUGUCCUGCAGAGCCCCUCUGAGGCCAGCCAAGACCACAGAUCCUGUGCCUAAGAACGUGCCUGUCCCUCUCCAAGAGGCUCCCCAGCAGAGACCUGUGGUCCCGCCCCGGAGACCACCACCCCCCAAGAAAACCUCCUCAUCAUCCAGGCCCCUCCCAGAGGUCAGAAGUCCCCAGCGUGAAGCCAGUGACAGCAAGGCAGCUCCCGCCCCAGGCCGUGCCCUACUCGUCCCGCCAAAAGCCAAACCUUUUCUCUCCAACUCCUUAGGAGGCCAAGAUGACAUGCGUGUCAAAGGCGGGCUGGGGCCACGGGGGCCCGGCAAGUCCGGAGAAGGCAGGGAGAAAGCAGCUGCAGCCUCCUUCCCCAGCACCGACAGCCCGAAGGACUCUUUGUUGUAUGUGGCCGUGGCCAACUUCGAAGGAGACGAAGAUACCAGCAGCUUCCAGGAGGGCACGGUGUUUGAAGUCCGGGAAAAGAACAGCAGCGGCUGGUGGUUCUGCCAAGUCCUGAGUGGAGCCCCCUCCUGGGAAGGGUGGAUUCCUUCCAACUAUCUCAGAAAGAAGCCGUAGCCGCCUCCCAUUCUGCCUAGAGGGCCACCUGGCUUUACCCCCGUAUUUAAUAUGCCUCUUAAUUUAUCAUUGUCCACACAGUUUCCAAGGCAGACAGACUCUGGAGUACUGUGGUUUCCUGCCCCCGGGGUAGGGAGUGAGUUGCUGAGACCGCAGGAGUCCCUGGGCUGAUCCCUCUGUCAUAGCAUCCCUGGAGGCUCAGAAGCCGCAGCCCUCGCUUUCUGUCCACGGCAGCAUCCCUGCCUUAAGAGAACGCCGCCUCCUGGCCAAUGGCAUUGCCGCCCGGCGGUGGGACCCUGACUCCAAGGCUUUCAGGACUAGAGGAGAAACUCCAGAAAGGGUCUCUUGUUGCCUGGAUGAGGCAUAGUAAGGGGCAGCCCACCCCGUCCUUAAAAGCUUGCUCUCGGCCAGGCGCGGUGGCUCACGCCUGUAAUCCUAGCACUCUGGGAGGCCGAGGCGGGUGGAUCGCUCGAGGUCAG